AACGAAAUACAAAAGAAUAAACAAGUUUGAUUCCUCCGUCUCCGUUAGUUCAUCAUACAAGUAAUAUCCUUUGAUUUCUCUACAUGCUUACAUCCAUAUGAAUAUUUUAAAUGUUUGUUUGGUUAAAGAAAUUGUAUAUGUUUGAAAUUGAAGAAAAUAAUAUAAUCUCUACCUCUACUGAUUUUGCAGACACAAGUUUCGUGAUGGAGUGUCCUAGAAUAUUUAUCUUCUUCUUGCUGUCGGCAAUUCUGUUCAACUACACCAAUGACGUUUCCAUAAACGUGGCAGCAACAAACGUCGGCUUAAACUACGGCCUCCUCGGAGACAACCUCCCGUCUCCAUACGAUGUUAUCAGCCUUUACAAGUCCAUAGGCGUUACCAAAAUCCGAAUCUUCGACCCAAACACAGAGGUUCUUAACGCCUUACGUGGCAACACCAAUAUUAGUGUCAUCGUAGGCGUCAAGGACCAAGACUUGGCUGCUCUUGCGUCCAGCGAAGUAGCUGUUGAGGACUGGUUUGCGACUAACAUCGAGCCUUACUUAUCCGACGUCAACAUCACCUCCAUUACCGUUGGUAACGAAGUCAUCCCCGGACCAAUCGGUCCACAAGUGCUUCCCGUCAUGCAGUCUCUAACCAACCUUGUCAAGUCAAGGUGUCUUCCGAUCUUGAUCAGCACCGUGGUGGCUAUGUCGAACCUCGGACAGUCGUAUCCACCUUCCGCGGGAAUGUUCACGCCUCAAGCGCGUGAACAACUCGUUCCUGUGCUGACAUUCUUGUCUCAAACGAAUACGCCAAUCCUCGUCAACAUCUACCCUUACUUUGCUUACUCGUCAAAUCCCGUCAACAUAAGUCUCGAUUAUGCCAUCUUCAACACCAAAGAUGUCGUGGUUGAGGACGGGCCAAUGCAGUAUUCAAACAUAUUUGAUGCGAUUUUCGACGCUUUCGUGUGGGCAAUGGAGAAAGAGGACGUGAUGGAUUUAUCCAUGGUUGUGACAGAGACUGGAUGGCCUUCGGCCGGUAAUGGAUACUUAACAACACCGGAGAUUGCGGCUACGUACAACGGAAAUUUUAUCAAACAUGUUGAAAGCGGUGUAGGGACACCGAAGAAGCCAAACUGUAGCAUUGAAGGGUAUUUGUUUGCGACUUUUAACGAGAAUCAGAAACCAGCAGGAACUGAACAGAACUUUGGGUUGUACAAUCCUACUGAUAUGAAGCCUAUUUACAACUACAACAAAGUUGAUUCCUUAAGCACGACAUCAGUCGUCGGAUUGAACUACGGCCUCCUCGGAGACAACCUCCCAUCUCCGUCCAAUGUUAUCAAGUUCUACAAAUCUCAAAACGUUGCGAAAAUCAGGAUAUUCGAGCCAAACAAGGACGUCCUAAACGCCUUGCGUGGAAACCGAGAGAUCGGAGUCACCGUAGGCAUCAAGAACGAAGACUUGGCGGCUCUUGCAGCCAACAAAGACGCAGUUAAAUCCUGGUUCGCCACUAACAUUGAUCCUUACAUAGCCGACGUCAACAUAACAUUUAUUACCGUCGGAAACCAAGCCAUCCCGGGCGACAUAUAUGGCCCUCACGUGCUUCCUGUCAUUCAAUCUCUCACCAACCUCGUCAAGUCGAGAAAUCUCCCGAUCUCGAUCAGCACCACGGUCACUACGACGAGUCUAGCUGUGUUGAAACCACCUUCCGCAGGAGUUUUAACACCCCAAGCACGUCAACAGCUUGUCCCCGUGCUGAGAUUGUUGUCUCAAACAAGUACACCGAUCUUCGUCAAUAUCUAUCCUUACUACUUCUAUGCGUCCGACCCAAAGAACGUCCCUCUCGAGUACGCUAAUUUCAAUACCGACCAGAUCGUGGUCAAGGACGGUGCACUAAAAUAUUCCAACUUGUUUGAUGCAAUUUUCGACGCUUUUCUGUGGGCAAUGGAGAAAGAGGGAGUGAAAGGUUUACCUUUGGUGGUGUCGGAGACCGGAUGGCCCUCUGCACAACGCCGGCUCUUCAAUAUACGUACAUUGACGUACAAUGAGAACCAGAAGCCAGUUGGAAUCUAUCAGCAUUUUGGGUUAUACGAUCCUACUGAGACGACGCCAAUGUAUAAGCUCUAUUGAUCCUUCAAGUGUUCAGUUUUUACUUUCUUAAGAAUUUGGGUUGUCAAAAUAAGGCUCUAAUAAUGGUUGUUUAGGGAUUGAAAGACCCAUGGCAAUGCCGAUAAUAGCGUACCCAUUUAAUAAAACUUUUCAUUUUAA